CCACCUCCUACUGGGAUGUCCUUCUCCAAGACUGGUGGCCAGCUGAGGCUGCGGGUGCCACGGCCACAGUGCUGGAGCCUGAAGCAGCCACCACAGCACGAGGCUCGCUUCUGGAGGGUGACAUGUGAGACCAUGAUGGUGACAGCUAAAGAAAACUCAGUGACCUGUGCCCUGGGGGUCAAUAGCACCUUCGUGGUCCAGCUCCGGCACAAGCCUCCCCAUUGGAGCAGCUACUGGAGUGACUGGAGCAGCAACAUCUCUGUUCCCGAGGAAAUCCUGAGGAGGCCGGUGCUGAGCCAUCAGCUGGGCAAACUGGGGAGAGACGGGCAGCGGGUGCUGAGGCUGAGCUGGCAGCCAGUCCUCAAGGAGCAGAGGAAUGUCACCUACAAGCUGCACGUCAACAUGCUGGCGUGUGGCUGUGCAGGGUCACAUGAGGAGGACACGGUGGUGCUGCCCGGGGAGGUGACAGAGCACAACCUCACCCUCUCCGGGGCGGAAUACGAAAUCCUGCUGACCGCCGGCAAUGCCGCGGGGCCGGGGCCGGCGCGGCAGCUCCGUGUGCCGGCAGAGCAGCGCGCAGGUACCGCCCCUCCAGAAACGCUGAGCUCCCCCGGCAGCCCUCAGGGCGUUAUUUUUUCCAGCUACCCCGAAUAUCCCCCGUUUCAUCCAGAUCUCAGCUUCAAGGAGAUCAGCGUGGCCGGCAGCAGCGUGACUGCGCAGUGGGAAGCGCCGGUGGCCGGCGAAGCCUUCUGCUUCGAGCAGCAGACACUGCCAGGGCCUCCCAAACAGGGAGUCUGCAUCGGGCAGGAAUUCCCUGCCAACAGCACCCACGUGCAGACAGGAGCGCUGGGAGCGCCGGGCUGUCACCGCCUCGCCGUGCACGGCUGGGACACGGAGCGUGGCUGGGCCACCUUCGCCCUGUGGCACCACUACUCCAGCAACGGUGCGUAUUCCCUGGACGUGCCCUUCAACAUCAGCACCGGGGGUGCCGCGGUUGUGCUCCAGUGGGAGCCGUCCCCACGGGCCGCCUGCCCCGGCGCGCUGGCCAAGUACCUCGUCUGCCACGUGGCCGAGGGGGACAACGUGACCUACAGUGAAGUGGAUGCCACGGCAUCAAACUACACCCUCCAAAACCUCCAGCCUGGCACAGGCUACAGGGUGGGUGUUUGGGAGGUGACAGAGGACAGCGAGAGGACCUGCAGUGCUUGGUGGCCCUUCCAGACCAAGGCACUGGGUCCCCAGGGAGCACCGUGGAGAGGCAACCUGAACUACCUGGGCAUCUGGCUUGGUGUCCCUGCUGCAGCUGCCAUCUACCACCUGAGCAAAAGGAGGGCUCGCCGCCUCCUCUUCCCACCCCUUCCCAAGCCCGUGGGCACCAAAGCCAUCCAGUUCUCGGCCGGCGACAUGAGCCAGGGCCAGCCCCGGACAGGCCUCCUGGAGCCCUCGGAGAGGUUCAGCCCAGCCGAGCUGCUGCUGCCGGAGCCGAAUCCCAGCGAGGAGACGACUGACACGGGCACCCAGAGUGCGGUGCCACACCCCGACGUGUCGCAGCCCAGCCCGGCGCUGGAAAAGCCGGCGGCAGCGGUGAUGUCCCUGCCGGGCUGUGGGGAGGAGCUGCCCUUCGCCUACCGCAGGCAGGAGAUGCUGAGCCCGGUGGGAUCUCCACCCUCUGGCAGCACCAGCUGCACCGGGCACCCACCCAGAGAGGAGGAGGAGGAGGAGGAAGAGGAGGGGAGGCAGGGGCUGCACCAGCCGCUGAUCCCCAUUGCCCUGCUCAUCUCCGACAAACCCAUCAUCAUCAGGGAUGAGGAAGGAUGGGAUCCCCCGCCAUCGGCAGGCUGGAGCGGCGGGGAUGGGCACGGGGCGUCCCCUGGAACGCGGAGUGUCUGUGUGGGACGCUGA